AUGAGCUCCACCUCUGGCUCGGAGCCAAAAGUUGAGGAGAAGUCCGAGGCCACAAAGGUUGACCAUUACGACGGCGCCCACAGGAUUGCCACAAAGGAGAAGGUUCCAGGCCAUGAGAACUACUACGAGCGCGACGGUCUGAGAACCUAUGGCGAUGGCGAAGACCACGACCAUGAACCACCCAUGACCUUUGCUCGCCUUAUGAGCUUGAUUGCAAUGGCCCUGCUCUGGACAGGUUCUCAGAUUCCGGUGUAUCUUUACGGAGGCUGCCCUCCAUACAUCUACGGCGACAUUGGUGGCGUUGACCGCUGGACAUGGUUCGUCCUGGCCAACUUGCUGUCUCUGGCAGCAAUAUGCCCCUUCGUGGGUAGCAUUUCGGACAUCAUUGGUCGGCGAUAUGUCGCUCUGAUCGGCGGAACCCUCCUUAUCAUUGGUAACUGUGUCUGCGCAACUGCUCACAGCAUGAACAUUUUCAUUGGCGGACAAGUCUUCAAUGGUGUCGGCGCAGGUAUCAAUGAGCUGACUGCUCUGGCCGCCACUUCCGAGAUGGCGCCAACGCGAAAGCGAGGUCUUUACGUUGGCAUUUUGAUUUUCACGAUCGUGCCAUUCACCCCAUCUGUGCUGUACGCGCAGUUGAUCGCUUACUACGGCUCCUGGAGGUAUUGUGGCCUCAUCUGCGGAAUAUGGGCCUUCUUAGGAACGGUGCUUAUUGGCUGCUUCUACUUCCCACCUCCCCGCGUGAACUCCAGCGGACUCAGUCGCAAGGAGGUAGCUAAGCAAAUCGACUACAUCGGAGGUGUUCUCUCUAUUUCCGGCAUGCUACUGUUCAUGAUGGGCCUACAAUGGGGAGGCUAUCAGUACAAAUGGGUGUCGUCACACGUGCUGACAACGCUGCUUCUUGGCAUCUUUCUGAUCAUCGCCUUCGUGAUCUAUGAGGCCAAGUUCGCCCCGCACCCCAUGUUCCCCAGACGGCUUCAGCAGAAUCCUCGUGUCCUUGCUCUUACGCUUCUCAUCACUUUCAUCUCGGGGGCCAACUUUUUCAGCGUCCUGAUGUUCUGGCCGACGCAGGCGUACAACAUUUACGGACACAACCCAGUAGGCGUCGGUUUGCGCGGACUGCCUAUCGGCUUGUCGAUCAUGUCGGGUGCCGUUAUUGUGUUGAUCCUCUUGACCGUGACCAGGGGCAAGAUCCGCAUGCUCAUGGUCUGCAGCACCAUUCUCAUGACGCUGGGAACCGGCCUGAUGUCCCUCGCACGCACCGACAACAUCGGGCCUGUCAUCGUCAUCCUGAUCGUGGCUGGUCUCGGAAUCGGUGGCAUCCUUGUGCCGGCGUCCAUCAUCACGACAAUCGUGUGCCCGGAUGAUCUGAUCGCGACAGUCUCAGCUUUGACGCUGUCCAUCAGAGUGUUGGGAGGCUCCAUUGGCUAUGCCGUGUAUUACAACGUGUUCUACAACAAGUUUGUCGGUCUGGCCAUCGAGCACGUGGGCACCGCGACGGUAGUAUCCACAGGAUCGGCGGACCCGAAAUUGAUCGAGACCAUCAUUUCACUUACCGGUGCUUCGUUGCUUGACCACAUCAAAGCUCUGCCCCAGGUGGCCGCUGUUCCAGGCGCGUACGAGGCCAUCGUCCACGCCGGCCAGGUCGCAUUCGAACUGGCCUACAGAUACGUGUACUACGUCUCCAUCGCGUUUGGGGGAGUCUCAAUCAUCGCAGCUUGCUUUUUGGGGAACAUUACCGAAUUUAUGGACGAUCACGUUGCCGUGGUUAUUGCUUGA